AUGAAUAAAGAUACGUGUAAAGAUUCAAAAAAAAUUGAAAAAUAUCGUAGUAAUCCUUUUACGAAUUCAAAAGAAGAUUAUUACAAUGAAAUAAUUCAGAAGAUAAUUUGUUCUAUAUUAGUUAGUAAAAAUAUCAAAAAAAUAAAUUGUUUAGUUUUUGAUCUACUAUUUGAUUUUUUUAUGAAAAUAAUUAAAACUAUAGGAAUAAAUUGUAGAAAUUUUUCUUUUUUAAGAGGAAGUGUGGUAGUUAAUUAUAUUGAUAUAAAAUGUUGUUUAAAGUUAGCUUUUAGCAAUAUAUAUAAUGAAAUAUAUACUUUAAAAAAGUAUAAUAUGUUUAACAAUUUUAUAUUUGAUAUAGUGGAUAAUGUGAAAAAAUAUAAUUAUAUUAAUGUUGUUCAAAAUUCUUAUUUAUAUUAUAAACAUUUAUGUAUGAAAAAAAACGAAAAAUCUGAUUUUUUAAAUGAAUUCAAUAAUAUGAAUUAUUUAAAUACAAAAAAUUACUUAACCCUAGAUUGUUCGUCAACAAAUGAAAAUGUUAAUGUUUUAUUUUUAAAUGAAAAUAUAGAUAUUGAAAAAUAUAAGGAAAUUAUGAAAUUAAAAAAAAAAUAUAUGCAUGAUCAUAUGCCAAUUAUACCAUUAUCUAUGAAUAUAAAAGAAAAAAAAACUGGAUAUAUUCAAAAAAUAGAAUCAUGUGAUGAUUUUUCUUCAUCCAAUUUAUCAUCUGAAUCAUCUUCCUCCUCUUCAUCAUAUGAAUCUAGUAAGGAAUCAAAAAAUUCAGAUUAUUUUGAUGAACAUGAGGAAUACACAAAUGAAGAUAUCUCGAAAGAAAAAAUUGAAAUAUUGAAUUUAUUACCAAAAUUAAAGGAAAUAUAUAUACAAAAUAAGAAAAAAACAAAAGAUUUGAAAAAUUCAGAAACAUUUUUAUUUAACUCUAUAAAUACUUUUGAAACAUUUGAAUAG